CGCUCUGGCGGCAGCGGCAGAACCAGCGGCGACAGCAGCAGGAGCAGCGGCGAGCAUGUCCUCGAGCAGGGCCAAGAAAGUGAAGAUGGCCACCAAGUCCUGCCCGGAGUGCGACCAGCAGGUUCCUGUUGCAUGUAAAUCAUGUCCCUGUGGCUACAUAUUUAUUAGUCGAAAACUGUUGCAUGCUAAACGUGCUGAGAGAUCACCACCCAUCACAGAAAACAAGAAUGAGGCCAAAAGGAGACGAACAGAGAGAGUUAAGCGAGAGAAGAUAAACUCUACAGUAAAUAAAGACUUAGAAAACCGAAAAAGAUCCAGGUCUAACAGCCAUUCAGACCAUAGCAGACGAGGAAGAGGAAGACCUAAGAGUGCCUCAGCCAAAAAACAUGAAGAAGAAAGGGCAUUGAAACAAGCCACCAUGACCAGAGGGAAUGCAGAGGCUUUCACUUGCUCACUGAGAGAAACAAGAAAAAGAAGUUGACAUGUAUGCUAACCUUUCAGAUGAAAAGGCCUUUGUAUUUUCAGUGGCCUUGGCGGAAAUAAACAGAAAAAUUAUCAAUCAAAGACUUAUUCUGUAACUUGUAAACACAAUCUGAUGCAUUUAUAUGCAGAAUUGCUAGUGUAUUUCCAAGGUGUCAUGGGCUCUCGGAAAGUGUUUUGUCUGUACUGACAAGGACCAUGGUAUUUCUUUUUAAAAUUCUGCUGCUGUUCUUGGAAAUCUGUCUCUACAAGUCAGAAAGAAAGAGUUCACAAGAUUGUGUUAUGAAAAAUCAUAAAGCAGAUGUUUUACGCCUUGAAGACAAAUGCCCAGAGAGACUGCACCCAUUCCAGAGCACUUCUUUUAAAUUUCCUGCCAGAAAUGCAAUAUUUUAAAUAUUUCCAGAAAUAAAUGGUUUUCCUUUAAAAUUAUAUAUUUCAGAUUCUUCAGCUAUAUUCCAGUUUAUGUAUGUAUAGUUCACAUAACUUUUUAAUAAAUUGAUACUCCAAUAUUUUAUUGAA